AUGACUACACGGAGUUUGCCCGAGUCCGACGUUGGCAGUAGCAAAGACGACCUGGCGUGCGAAUCAUGUUUCAAGACUUACCAACGACCCGGUAUUAACUCUCGUGUAGGUGACCUACUUAUGCGCCAUCGCAGGCGCUGCCAAGGUCCUAGGAUGCCAACCAGCCGUCGCAAGGCGUGCAACGCAUGUGUUCUUGCAAAAACUAAAUGUUGCUACACACAGCCCACUUGUACACGUUGUUCCAAGCGAGGUAUCCAAUGUGUGUAUUCUAUAUCUCCGACAGCCUCGACAGUUGACCAUUCGGGGCCACCACGCGAAGCCGCAGAGAACUCCAGCUCAGCGCUUCAACCACCCUCCAGAUUAGCGAACCCGGCAAACUUGGGGCAGCCAUUCGAAUUGGAUCUCCCUGCUUGGGAUUUUUCGGCCUCCUCAUAUUCUCUUGAGAACUUCGAGAUGACCAUGGCAGACUUGGAAAGACCCCUUCCAGCUGCUGUUUCAAGUUUUACUCUUAUGCAGCCUCCUAUCGCUCAUGAUAGUCGAGAGAUUACACCAUCUAGCCAAACACUCCAUCUUUCGGCGACGACCAGCGGCAUUUCGUCGUUUGCACCACCAUCGAGUGACAAUGCGAGCUCCUCUGCGGUGCCAUCAUCUUCAACCUCGGUCGGGCUUAUCCGCGUACUAAGCGAGUAUCCUUCAUUAUUAAUGAAGGAGUCGUUCUUUUCUCCGUUUUUGCACUUCUCACAAUAUUCACUCUACAACAAUAUUGUUCCGGAUAUGACGUUUUUGCCCCAAACAGCGAUGGCGAUCUGUUGUAGCAGCGGCAUAAACAGAUCAGAUAAUAAUCGAUUCUUCAGGCGGGCGAUCGACGCCGCGCGGGAAAGAGUAAUUGGAAGUUUUCCGACCUUCCAAUGUAUGCAACAAUGGGAUGCACUACAUGCCAUGUUGAUCUAUGAGAGCUUAGAGCUAAAGGAAGGUAUUCGGGAUGAAUCUGAAGCUUGGAAACACAACCCUCGAGUAAAUGGGCUGGGCUCGGCAUUUCUUCUCAAAAUGAUAAAAUUCUAUCUAAGAUCCUACCCAGAGAUUCGCAAUCCCGAUAUCACCGUCUUCUCAGACCCGAGAUCAUGCCCAUGCCCGGCAGCCACAUCUACAUGGGCUCGGUGGAGGAUCACCGAGACAGCGAGGAGAACAGUCUUCUUUGCCAACAUUGUCAAUUUCUACAGCAACCGCGACCAUAGUAAACGAGAACAAUUCCUGUACUAUGAACCGCUCGACGAUGACCUGAUUCUCAAUAUGCCAUUACCCUGCAACGAGCCCGCCUGGUUGGCACGAAAUGAAGAAGAGUGGAGGCUUGCAAUGGAGCGACCUACAACUUCAGCCAGUCCUUCGCGCGGAUUUAACAAGCCGACAUGCGAAGCACUAUUUUCGGAGAUGUCAUUGAGGACCGCUUUUUCGAACCUCUCCAAAGAGUCACUUCGAGCCGAAAUCGGGACAAGUGUUGGCUUCGGCGACUCGGACGAAUUAAGACGACUCAUAGUGCUCGGCGCCAGCGAUCAAUAUUCUUGA